GCAGCCGUUGCCAAGCGACAGCGUCGGGCGCGCCAUGGCGGAGGGCUCCGCGCCGGCCGGCACUUUCCCGGGCUUCAUGACCGAGGGCACGCUGCUGUACCGGCGGGGCGAGUAUGGCAAGGCCCUGGCCUGCUUCAACAACGCGCUGCAGCUGAGAGCAGGGGACAAGCACUGCCUCGUCGCCCGCUCACAGUGUUACCUGAAGCUCGGAGACAUGGAGAAUUCCCUGAAGGAUGCCGAAGCUUCUCUCAAAGAUGACAAAACGUUCUCUGAGGGCCUUUACCAAAAAGCUGAGACGUUAUAUACCAUGGGUGACUUUGAAUUUGCACUGGUGUUCUAUCACCGAGGCUGCGAACUACGCCCAGAGCUCCAGAAGUUCAGGCUGGGCAUCCAGAAAUCCCACGAGGCGAUCAUCAACUGCAUUGGAAGUAAGAAGUUCCCUUUCCUGGUGCCUGCAGGAACAGCUGAAGCUGCCAGGUCCAUCCUCAGUUAAACUGGAGAACAAAAAGGAUCUCUGCUUUGUAAGCCGGCAGGCAGAGAGCAAAAAAGCAGAUCAGAAACUCCAAAUCAAACUGACCAAGGAUCAAAAGGGCACAAAGAAACAAGAGCCCACGAGGAGUCAAAAAACAGAGCGGCAGCUCCUUGGAGAGCUCUACGCUGACAAGGCCUACCUGGAAAAGCUGCUCAAGGAUGAAGAUUUGAUGAAGAGCAUCACAAGGCAGGGGAUCAAAGUGGAGGACAUGGUUCUGGGUGGCAUUGCCUACCUGGACACGCGCGCUGAGUUCUGGCGGCAGCAGAAGCCCAUCUACGCCCGUGUGAGGGAGCGCAAGCUCAGGCAGCAGAAGUGGGUCCGAGAGAAGAAACCAAAACCAGCCGAGGUGGCCAGAUACAUCGUGAAGAGUAUGGAGGACAUCGACAUGUUGCUGACUGGCGAAUCCCCCGAAGAAAGCUGCAAGAAAGCAGAGCGUGUGCUGAAAAGAAUACAAGGAUGGUCAGAGGAUGAAGUUCCCAACAAGAAUGAGCUGAUUGGGAGCCUCCACAGCUGCAUUGGGAAUGCUCAGUUUGAGAUGGGGCAGAUGGAGGCAGCCCUGAAAAGCCACAAAAUGGAUCUGGAGUUUGCCAGGCAGAACAAUCUCCCAGACGUCACGUCCAGAGCCCUCGACAACAUUGGCAGAGUUUAUGCCAGGAUGGGCAAAUUCCAGCAAGCGAUCGACGCCUGGGAGGAGAAAAUUCCAAUGGCAAAAUCCAGCCUGGAGAAGACCUGGCUGUUCCAUGAGAUCGGCCGAUGUUACCUCGAGCUCGGCAAAGCUGAAGAAGCUCAAAACUAUGGAGAGAAGUCCCUGCAGUCAGCGCUUGAGGAAGGAGAUGCUGAGUGGCAGCUCCACGCGAGCGUGCUGGUAGCACAGGCACAAGAAAAAUUAAAGGAUUACCAGUCUGCAAUUAUGAACUUUGAAAAAGCACUAGAGAAGGCAAAGCUUGUUCACAGCGACGCUGCUCAGAAGGCCAUCACUGCUGCCUUAGAUGAUGUGAGCAGAAGCUUCAUCGAAGACCUGAAAGCAAGAGAAAGAGAAAUGAAAGUUCACGCUCUCAAAGACCACGAUCUGAGCAGUGAAAACGCAGAAGAUGACAACUCGGAGGACACAGAGAGACAGGAAAGCGAGCAAAGCCCAGAGAACCAGACGGGUGAAAAAGAAGGUGCCGAGAGAGAGAAGGAACAAGGAAACGAUGGAGCAGAGCUAAAUGAACAAGAUGAAAAAGAGAACGAGGGUAAAGAAGAGAGGAGCAAACAGGAGGAAGAGGGGAGCGAAAGAAAGGAAGAAGGGAACGAAAGAGAAGAGGGGAACAAAAUAAAGGAAGAGGGAAACGAAAAAGAGGGAAACGAAAGAGAAGAGGGGAACGAAAUAGAGGAAGAAGAAAUAGGAGACGAUGAAAAAAAGCAGUUUGAUUUCCUGAGCGGUUAGAAUAAAGCCGUUUAGCGCCUUUGCUUUCA